AUGUCUACGCCGGCGCAGACACCAGAACAGCGCGAGCUGUCGCUCGUCGGAAAGGUCGAAAUGCGGAUUGCACUUGCAGAUACUGAUGCGAAGCUCGAAGCGCUUCUCAAAAUGUACUGGGCUCCAUUGCUUCUGAAACUUGCCUCUGAACACAAUAGUGUUCGGAAUAAAGUAGUCUCGAUCUGCCAGCAUGUCAAUACAAGAGUUCAACCCAAGUCUAUCCAACUCCCUGUUGCUGCCCUAGUCAAACAAUUCCGGGAGCAGGAGAAUGCCAUCGUUCGCAAUUUCGAUCUCAUGUACAUUCAACAGGGCGUAGGCAGAUUGUCUAGUAAGGAACAGGCCGAAUUGCUUCCUAUUGUGGUCAGCGGUAUCGCGAAAAGCGGUAUCCAUAGCGCUCAAAUUUUCUAUCUAUUGCUGCGGCUCCUUGAUGCUUUCAGAAUGCCAGCACGAGGCAGCAAGGAAGACGUAGAGAUGCGCCAGAACAUGGAAAUUUCAGAUGAAGAUGCAUCAUUCCUGUCAUCGCGGCUUGCAAAGUUCAUUCUUUUCAGUCCUCGGAAGGCCAACGGAGUGUCUUGCCCUGGACUGACCAGCGAUGAAUUUAACUUCUUUUCUGUAAAUGGUAAAGAGGACUCGUGGGAUCCUGCCCAGGGAGGCCUCAAUCUAACCAGAACCAAAACAUCGGCCACGAAGCUCGCAGCGAGUGGGCUCCUGAAAGAUGACGAGCGCUUCUUUGCGGCCUUAUUUGCUUCGGCAGAUGCGACAUCAUCAAUUAGCGACACGGGCGAUGACAUGUUGAAACGGUCAUUGCCAGCUACGGAUCUCGAGGACAAGAAGCUAGUCCGUGAGCUAUUCGACUUAUAUUUCGGCAACGGCUAUCCUAGAGUUAAAGCGCCAUUGCGACUCAAGAUCCUAGGACUGUUGAGCAAAUCUGUAAAGAGCUCCACUUUUGCCGCCGAAAUACUUCAAAUCAUUGAUGAUGGCAUAUCAACUCCACAACAAGAUGGCGAAGAUACGGUCAUGUCAAACAAUAUAUUACAGAAUCCAAAAGUCGGCCGAGAAGCGACCAAAGUUCGUGCUGCGAUUUUCACGUACGUCAACUUUGUGGCUCGGCAAGGCGACAAACAGACAUUGAGCGAUAUCGCAUCGCCGGGCGUCACUCGAUUACGCGACUUUGUCGAGGAUCAAGGAUGGCCUGCGCCAGGUGCCAAUGAAGACCUCGUCUCCCGAGGCCAUGCUUACGAGGUGAUCGGGUUGUUGGCACGCGCAGGCCCGAAAAAACUCCUCGUAGAAGAAGACAGAACAAAUCUGGACUUGCUGAGAUGGCUAUUUUCGUCUUUGGCGCAAGACACAUCCGGCAACUCCGUCACCGUCAGCAUAGAGGAGGCGUUAUCCACCGUCUUAGCAGCCAUGAAUCGGAAACGUUUUCGCAGUACGCGAUAUGUUGCUGUGCGACUGGCCAAUCGCUGUCUGCCGUACUCGUCGAUCCGGGCGCGAUGGGUCGAUUGUCUGGCAGCCGGCGCAUCGUCAGAUCGACCUGAAGUUCGCGAGGAGGGCGAACGAGGCCUGAGUCCAUAUUGGUUUCGUAUGCUGAAUGGAUUCGUAUCCGGGACCGCUGAUACGAACGUACAGCAGCCACAAUUCGAAGAUGUCGUGCGCUUAUUCUUCGUGCAAAAUGCACAAGUGACGAGUGAGGAUCCCGCAGUUCUCGUUCGUCACACUAAACAACUUAAUGAGUCUUCAUUCGUGUCUCUGACCGCCUUUGCGCGUCGAGUCUUGGUCAGCCAGGCAUUUCGGACAGCCGACGUGAAGAUCAAUAUCGACACGGAGUGGGAACGUCGCCUCGAUUCGAUGGUCGAAUCCGACUUAUCGGCAAGAAGCGCCAUCAAGCAGCAUCUUGCCAAGAUUUACAACACUUCACCAAAAGCACUGGACCUGCUGCUCUGCGCGUUGUUCGAAUGCACUGUAGAUAAGAUCGCGUCACCAGAGAGUCAUCUCGUAGAGCUCCUGGCCCUCGCGCCGGAAGGCCUCAUACAGAAGCAUGUUUCUCGAACAGAGUUACUUAUGCCAACAUUACAGUCCAACAACCACAUUCGUCGACUGUCGGCAGCCCAUGCCUUCGGACUGCUCGCCUCGCACCCACAUGCAGGCCAGCAGCAGAAUGAUCACGUUCAAAAUCUCCUUGACGCGGCCCGAGAUUGGCGCACUGCAGUUGGCACAAGAUCAAACGUGGUACACGGCGCAGUUGCAGCACUUGGAUACUAUUUCAGCCGGUUCUGCUUCCGGAACGAGCAAAUACUUCAACCUGAUAAGCAAUCUCAAUUUCUCAAAACCCUCUUCGAGAUCUUCACAGAUUCGAAGGACGAUCUCCUACUCAACGCAACCUUCCUAGCCAUUGGACAGCUCAGCAUGUUCCAAUGUCUUACGCCUGCAACCGUGGAGCAUUAUACCAAGACCCGAAGCGUGAGCGAGAAACUGUACGAAAAAGCUAAAACUGGCAAUGAAGAAGCGAUAUUGUGCUUGGGACGCUGGUCCAUGAUUCUCCCAGAGGGUAAUGACUCUGACAACGAGCUUCAAUUUGUAGGCGAGCAGUUGCACCGCUUGUAUGAGAUCCGACAGGCCGAGGUACAUUUUACUGUGGGAGAGGCAUACAGCUUACUCGCGGCUGGAUGGAAAUCAGAUGCUCUUGCCACCAAGCUAGAUGUUGGCGAAUCUCCGCCAAAGGGAAUGCCGCGCGUCGACACGAUUGACAAGUUGAUGGAUCGUGUUCUGGCGAAUUGCACAGACACAAAACCUGCACUCAAAAAGGCUGCCGUCAUGUGGCUGCUGUGCUUGGUACAGUUCUGCGGCGGCCAGGAUGAAAUUCAGAGCCGGCUAUCGAAAUGCCAAAAUGCUUUCAGACGGUGCUUGGCAGAUCGCGACGAGCUAGUUCAAGAAUCAGCAUCACGCGGUCUCGGGCUUGUGUACGAAAAGGGUGACAGGAGUCUGAAGGAUGACUUGGUCCGUGACCUCGUGUCUUCCUUCUCAUCAGACAGACAGCAGCUUGCUGGAAAUGUGUCUCAAGAUACUCAGCUAUUCGAACCCGGAGCUUUGCCAACCGGCGAUGGCUCCGUUUCAACCUACAAGGACAUUAUGAGCUUAGCGUCAGAAGUUGGCGAUUCGAGCCUGGUGUACAAGUUCAUGUCUAUGGCAUCGUCGAACGCAAUUUGGUCAAGUCGAGCAGCCUUUGGUCGAUUCGGUCUGAGCAGCGUACUCUCCGACUCGAGUGUGGAUGGCUAUCUUGCUAACAAUCCUAAGCUUUACCCAAAGCUCUUCCGCUAUCGAUUCGAUCCAAAUGGAGGGGUUCAAACCUCAAUGAACGAAAUCUGGAAGACUCUUGUCCCUGAUCCUGCUGCAACCAUUGACCAGCACUUUAACGCCAUCAUGGAUGACUUGUUGGUCAGCAUUCUCGGAAAAGAGUGGCGAGUACGACAAGCAUGCUGUGCAGCCAUUGCGGACCUUGUGCAAGGCCGCGCUUUGGAGAAGUAUGAAGAUUAUCUCGAGAGAAUUUGGACCCAAUGCUUUCGCGUGCUGGAUGACAUCAAGGAAUCAGUGCGUGCAGCUGCCGGAUCUUUGGCGAGGACUUUGACGGGUGUCCUAACGCGUGCGCUGGAGGCGGAUCACAGCUCGACGAAGAAUGCUUCGACUAUGCUCAAGCACGUUCUGCCAUUUCUACUGUCGCCAUCUGGCAUGGAAUCAAGCGCACAAGACGUGCAGCUUUUCUCUGUGCACACUUUGCUCGAAAUCAUCAAGAAGGCGAACGGCGCCACCAUUCGACCUUUCAUUCCUGAACUUGUCGAGCGCCUGAUAGGUCUUCUUAGCUCCUUGGAACCAGAAGCUGUGAAUUACGUUCAUCUUAAUGCCGCCAAGUACAAUCUCACAGAGCAGAAGAUCGAUGACAUGCGACUCUCAAGCGUGCGAAGCAGCCCUCUGAUGGAGGCAAUUGAACGCUGCCUGGAUUUGCUCGACGAUGAGACCAUGCGUCUAUUGCAGCCCAAGCUAGAGUCCGCGAUGAAGAGUGCUGUGGGCUUGCCGUCCAAGGUUGGAUCGAGUCGCGUGCUCGUCUCUUUGAGCACCCGGCGUAUGAUCCUGUUUAAGCCGUAUGUGGAUGACAAUUUGAAGCUCAUAGAGAAGUUGGUCAUUGAUCGCAACGAGACUGUGGCCAGCUCGUAUGCUGCGGCUGCGGGUUAUCUGGCAAGAGGUGCCAGCGACAAACAGAUCGAACGUCUCCUAGAAUAUGUUCGGCGGCUGUACUUCGAGUCUGAGGGUGAUCGCGAAGGCACCGUUCCACGCCGGAGCAUCACGUCGGGCGAGAUUGUCUACGCCUUCUCGAAGUAUGCGACUGACAGAUUCAAUGCUUUCGCGACCUCAGCGUUGCCUUUCAUAUUCGUUGCAAAACACGACUCGCACGAAGUGGUGAAGGAGCGCUUCCAAGAAACUUGGAACGAAUCAGUCGGAGGCUCUCGAGCCGUGCAACUCUAUUUGAACGAGAUUAUCGGCCUCUGUACACGACAUCUUGACUCGGCACAAUGGACAUUAAAGCACACUGCCGCUCGCGCGGUCGCAGCUGCCAUAAAUGCUGCAUCGUCCAGCGAGGUGGAAAUGUCAGCAGACGCUGGACGUGCGAUAUGGCCCGCUCUCGAGAAGGCACUAGCUGGCAAGACGUGGGAAGGGAAAGAGGUCGUGCUCGUUGCGUUUGGUCGAUAUGCUGAAGCGGCCAAGCAGUAUUAUAUGCAGAAUGAUACUGUGCGCGGAGCGAUGAUCAAGAUCGCCCUGCGAGAAGCGAAACGGCAAAACGCGAAUUAUCGGCCACAUGCUGUGAAAGCGCUCGCUCGGAUUUCUCGAGCUCGAGAAGACCUUGAUAUCAGUAAGGAUGUCUUUGAAAUUUCCAACGAGAUCCUGAGUGAUGGCGCCGAUCCCGACGCUAUGGAAGUCGAUGGCGUCGAUCAGAAGCGGAAAGCCGAGGAAACGUGA